GAUUUAGCUGACUUUGGUUUCCCAUAAUUCAGGUAGAAAUAAAUGUCGUUGUUACGUAAAUCAAUGAAAUAAUUAAAACCACAUCAUGCUUGAUUAGUUUAAUUAACACAUAAUACAUAGUAAUUAUUUUUAUACAUAUAACAGGUGCUGAAAUAAAUUAAUAGCAAGUGAUAUUCUUGCUUCGGAUUUAUUUGCUUACAUACUUCAGAUACUAAUUGUAUUUUAUUUUACAGUUUACUCGGUCAUUGUCUAAUUACAAUGCCAAGCGAGAGACAGUCACGAGAUCCGCAGCGGCGUACGACGCCAAGGCGGCGAUCGCGGUCCGUUGCAGACCGGCGGCGGUCCCGUUCCGUUGCGAAGAGAAGAACGCGGCGCAACUCCAGUCGGCGGUCGCGGCCCACCUCGAGUCGGCGGACCGCCUCGAGCCGGCGCUCGCGGCCCACCUCAAGUCGGCGGUCGCGAUCUCCCGUUACGCCGCGAUCGAGGCCUCCAGCAAGACGGAGGUCCCGCUCCAAGAUGAGGCGCCGAUCUCCUCUCAGCGGCAGCAGGCGCACUCGGCAUCGCAGCAGAGCAUCGCACCGGUUGGAGACACCCAGACCGGAGCACCGAUCCCGAUCAAAGUCAAGGUCAGACUCAACUUCUUUAUCUAAAAGACGUCGUGCUAACACACCUAGGGAAUAUAGAUCGAGACGAUCCGAUUCUAAAAUUGUUUCUCAAUCGGAAGGUCAUAAUAAGGGAUCUAGCGUUACUGGCAUGCAUGAUCGUAGAGUAAAUAGUCCAGUUAAUCUUGGUAGUGUAAAGAAAUGUAAUAAAGAAAGUGAAGGCACACCCAAUGAAAAAGACAAAAAUAAUAUUCAGCCGGAAGUUCCCUUAUCAUCUUCAAACAAUAUAAAUGAUGGAUUGUUAGAUAAUUUCGGUAAAAUUUUGCAAGCCAUCUCAACUGCAAAUCCGCAUAAUAGAGAAAAGUUUGUUUCCAUUAAUGUCGUGCCAGAAUUUGAUCCUAAAGUUAAAAAUCAGACCAUUGUAACUUGGUUAAAUAAAGUUAACGAAUGCGCAGAAAUUUACGGAUGGGAUGGCAAGCAAACGGCUCAUUAUGCAUUACCUAAACUAAUGGGUACGGCCAAACGGUGGUACGAGGGUCAACCAACAGUAAUGCAUACCUGGGUAGAAUGACAGGAAAAACUCAGGUCAGCUUUUCCGGUUUAUGAAAACUAUGGGCGUUUGCUUACCGAUAUGCUCAACAUAAGGGCCAAGUUCGGAGAUGAUUUGGAGGAAUACUAUUAUGAAAAGUUAAUAGCGUUAAACCGAUGUGGUAUUAAUGGUAAAAAUGCAAUUGACUGUAUUGUUUUUGGAAUCGAUGAUAGGUCAGUCCGAUAUGGUGCUGAAGCUGUAGGUUUUGAAGACACAGACAAACUAUUAGGAUAUCUAAGAAGCAUAAAACACGAAAAAUUUGAUAAAACAAAAAGGUUAACACGACCAACAAGUGAUACUAAUCGUAAACCAGCAAAAUUAGAGUUUAACAAUAGGCAGCCUAAAUGUUUUAACUGUCAUGAAAUAGGGCAUACGUUUAAUAAUUGCAAGAAACCCAUCGUUAAAUGUCAAAAGUGCUCAAGAUUAGGUCACAAUGAUCCAAAUUGUUCAAGGGAAGUCUGGAAAGACAAGUUAGAAGUUAAAUCAUUAUGACUAGUUCACUCCGAGACCUUAAUGGAUGACAAA